CGCGCUGCGAACAAACGAUUCAACAUUGCGGCGUAUGAGCUCAAACGCGGAACAAAAUACAUCCUCAUUAAACAGGGAAUGGUGGGAGAAGCGUUGUGAAAUGUAUAGAAGUUAUUGUGAACGCAUUAACAAAGGCGAAUAAUUAUUUGGGCCAUUGAUUUAAAGGGUUGUGUCUUGUGUGUUGCCAAAUCUGCGGGACGCGCGCGUUGCUCCCCAUCAAAGCCGUCUACAGGGGAGGGACAUAGCACAUUUCUCGACUUCACCUCUCUGAUUGAAGGGGAGGGGGUCCGUAGACCGAAAUUGAUGGUAGUGGGCUACUGAGAAAGACGAGCUACUCCUGUUGAUAAUAAAGGCAAAAUACACAUUUCAGUCGAAUACAGCUGAGUUGGUGAAACGGGCCGGUGGUGAAACAUGGAGAUGUCUGAGGGGCUGUCACAGCAGGAGAGAAUCCAGGCUAUAGCGGAGAAGAGGAAGAGGCAGAUAGAGGUCGAGAACAAAAAGAGGCAGCUGGAAGAUGACAGGAGACAGCUUUCACAUCUCAAGCAAAAGUCCCUGAGGGAAAAAUGGUUGCUAGACGGAGCUGCUGGGUCGGAGCAGGACGAGGCCAAGAAACAGUUGGCGGAGGACGAGACCAAGCUCAAGGGGAUGGAGGAGAGCAUCAUUAGAAUGGAACAGGAACUGGAGGAGCUGGAGACGGGCGUGUCGGUGACCUCCACCAAAGAGAGUCUGACAGAUGCAGCCAAGGUGGAAGAAGCCAAGACUGCCGACAACAAAGCUCCUGCAGGCACUGUUCAAGAGGUCAAGGAAGUGCUCAAAGUGCACAACAGCCCUCGUCUGGACAUGUCCGGAGGUGCAUCAGAUUUAAUGAGAACAGAGGUCAAGGAAGUGCUCAAAGUGCACAACAGCCCUCGUCUGGACAUGUCCGGAGGUGCAUCAGAUAUAAUGAGAACAGCGAUGUACUCAGUAGAGAUCACCGUUGAGAGGGACAAUGUCACGGGCGAGACUAAGGUGUUGUCCACCAACACCCUACUGCCCAUUAACCUCUCUGGGCAAGGGGUCAAGGUGUAUGAGGAUUACCAGAAAGUGGUACACGAGGUGAACGGGGAGAACGGGGUCCACCAGCUCAGCGCCAACGAGGUGGACGAGCUCAUCCUCAAAGCUGAUGAGUCCAUGAUGAGCGACGCCACCACCGCUGGCGCCACCUACACCACCCCUGUCUUCCCCACCAAUGCUGAGUUGGCUGCCGAGCAGCAGACGACACCCAAGAAGGAGAUCACAGGCAUGGAGGCCAAGGCAGGUGGCGCUAGUCCCCAGCCAGGUGGAGGCGAGAUGGAGGCCAGCGCCGAGAACCCCGUCACUAUGGUGUUCAUGGGCUACCAGAGUGUGGAGGACGAGACAGAGACCAACAAGGUGCUGGGCCUGGAGGGUACCGUCAAGGCCCAGCUGGUGGUCAUCGAGGACGGCGAGGGCAAGAAUGUGACGGUUGGGCCCACUCCAGCCACCGUGACCAUCACUGAGGGAGGCGCCAAGGAAGAGCAGUCUCCCCCACCCAACGGCAGCGCCGCUGACCCCGCCAAGACCCCCCAGGAGACAUCCUCCGCAAAGGAGAAAGGGGGUGAGCCAGAGGGGGGUACCACUGAGUUAAACAACAAGGAGAAGCAGCCUUGCAAGUGCUGCACCAUCAUGUGAGCAACUGUUUGUUGUGUGGCUGAAUUCCCCCCGGAACUUGACUUUUCAAGGAGAAAUGACAAACCAACAACCAUAACGUCAUGACAACCAACAAACUCCUCCCCCCCGCCCUGAAAAAAAAGGAAUACAUGUUCUUUAUCUUCUGAUAGCCGGCUGUGGUUUCCCGACUUCGUUUGAAGUAUUUCAUUAUCAUCUCAUCGUCUCCUUUCCUUCUCUUGACCUUUUUUUAUUAUUUCAGGUUUGGUUGUGCGAAAGGAGAGCAAUCCCUACCUCCUCACACUUUGAGAUUUCUGAGGGAGAGAGGAGAUAGAAAAGGAAGGAUAGAAAGAGAGAAAGAAAGAGGAAGGGGUUUGUUUACUCACCCAGCAUUGUCCAACAAGCAUUUUUUUAAAUGACAUCUCUUAUACACCACCAUGAAUUGUGUAAUCUUAACUUUCUGUAUGAUGGACAGAUAUAUCUCUCUAUGUAUCUCUAUAUAUACAUUGUUUAUUUUAAAGAUAUAUUUAUUAGACUUUUUUUUUGAAAAUGCCCUCUGGAAAGUGUUUUUGACAGAAGCAUGGUAUUCAUUGUUUUUUUCUGUCCUGUGCUAGAGCAUUUUAGAUAAAAACAGGGACAUGAUGGAACACUUGGAAUAUUUAUGUUAGAAAAUUCUCUUGGAUUUUGAUUUCCAGAAAAAAGAAAAAAAAAGUAACUUUGGAAUGUCUGAGACAGACACAACACUGAUAUAUGGGAUGUCUGAGACAGACACAACACUGAUAUAUGGGAUGUCUGUGACAGACACAACACUGAUAUAUGGGAUGUCUGUGACAGACACAACACUGAUAUAUGGGAUGUCUGUGACAGACACAACACUGAUAUAUGGGAUGUCUGUGACAGUCACAACACUGAUAUAUGGGAUGUCUGUGACAAACACAACACUUAUAUUUAGAAGUGACAUGCAAUGAGACGUCAGUGAUAUUGAUGACAUCGAAGUACUGUGUGCGUGUGUGUAUGAGCAUGCAUGAGUGUGUGUGUUUUGGUUUAAAAUGACCUCAUUGGUCCUUAUAUCAUCCUACACUACACUACCCACAAUCCCCAUCACCUAUUUUCUUUCUGGAAGAAAAAACAAUCCAUGCAUUUUUUUUGUGAUUUCCCUGCAACCAAAUCAGCUACACUAGUUCGACAACACUAGUAAUGAAUUGAAUAACGUGUGAAGGUCAUUCAUACCGAAGCUUGAGACUGAUGAAAUUAAUGCCCAUCUGUAAGGCUUGAUGUUUGUGUGAUUCGCCCCCACUUAACUACAUUAUCCAGAAUACCACUGCCCCUUUAAUAUAAAUAAUGUUGCUUACAGCUGCCUUUGUGAUAACACUAACUACUUUUCAUUAACUCAUUGACAUAAUCCUGGCUCCUGAUGUUAUGACCUAGCAACUAACAGCUGGGUUUUGAAAUAAUGGUCGGCGUGGACAGGCCCUUCCAAUGUCCCGAAGAUUUUCAGCUGGAUAUUAACUACUGUGGAAUUGGUGCAUGGAGCAUAAUCUGUUGUUUUAAAUGGCAGCGCAUAUCCUACCAAACUGUGUUGCAAAUACCGCAAGAAUUUGCUCCAUUCAGACAUUAAGGAAGAGUGACAUUUGAAUGGGGGUCGGGGGUCAUAUAUUUCCCUCAGAGUGUGUGGGAGAAGAUUCAUUAUAAGAGUACUUGGUUUUCUGUUUUCCUCUUUGAACUCUACUGUCAGGCCUUGGUUUUGUCAUUUGUCAACGAAACCAAAGAAAACCGUUCAAAUAGGCCUACUUUUCAUUGUGUAUCUAUCACAGGAGGUUGGUGGCACCUUAGUUGGAGAGGACGGGCUUGUGGUAAUGCCUGGAGCGGAAUCAGUGGAAUGGUAUCAAAUACACCACACACGUGGUUCCCAUGUGUUUGAUACCAUUGCAUUUGCUCGGUCCCAGACAUUAUUAUGAGCUGUCCUCCACUCUGCAACCUCACUGGUAUCUAUCGACAUGUGAGGCAAAAAGCAGGGAAUUUCAACUUCAACAUUCCAAGAAGUUUUCAGAAUCCUUUCCUACCCUCCUCUGAGUGGUCAAUUUUGCUCCAAAUGUUGUGUUUUUUUUUCAGAGAACAAUAGAUGUUUUUGCAGUAUGGCUACAUUUGAACAGCUGUGUUUAACUUUCCCUUGGCUUGUGUGUGUUUGUUAGCUGCAGCUAUAGCAUUCUUUACAUCUUACUUAUUUCUGCCAUUUUGGAGCCAAAUUUCCAGCUAAGCUGAGGGUCAUGUUAUCAUUGUCCAGUGUAUUUUUCCCAGUUUUGAGUUGAGUCAGUUGAGUUGGAUUAGGUAAACUAGGAGUCAGAUCUUUUCAACCCUACUCACUGACACGCUCAUAUGUAACCGUGGUCCAAGUGUUAUUAUUCACAUCCGAAAUAAAACAAACAUUUUGUUUUCAAAGAUGGUCUGCAUUAUCUUGAAGUGAGUCCAAGAAGUGAGCCAGAGGUUUGCAUCAUGUUUGCCUAUUUCUCUUUUAAUAUUGUUCCAUGUGUAUUUAUACCUUUCCAUUGAUAUUGAUAGAGCUCUAUAUGUUAUUUAAAGGGUUAACGUCUUUGUGAGGGUUCAAAUCAAGAACAUGAUGGAGAAUAGAUUAAAAAUAACCAGGUCUGAUAAGCCUUGUCAAAAUUAUGCUGGAGAAUCCAUUGCACUGCAGAAAGAAACCAAAUGGAACAUCUAUUCAUUUGAAUUUGGGUGACAGGGUAGCCUAGUGGUUAGAGCGUUGGACUAGUAACUGAAAGGUUGCAAGUUCAUAUCCCCGAGCUGACAAGGUACAAAUCUGUCGUUCUGCCCCUGAACAGGCAGUUAACCCACUGUUCCUAUGCUGUUAUUGAAAAUAAGAAUUUGUACUUAACUGACUUGCCUAGUUAAAUAAAGGUAAAAAAAUGAUCAUGUAAAAUAUAUUAUGAAAUAAUAUUCUUUGCCAAUCCCCUUCAAUCCCACUUCCUCAUGCAUCAAAGGGACAGGGCAAUCAUUGAUAGGCCGACACAUCCUCCAAUAUGCUGCUCAGCAAGGAGCAUAAAAAGCUGACACAGUGAAAUGUGCGUUACUCUAUAGGAGUGGUCCCAAGCUUUCUCGGUUAAUGUACUGAAUUUUGUUCUGCCCAGAGUACCCCCUCAUGUGCAUUUUACCAGUAGGCCUAUGGUCGCAUGAGUCUUCUCAAGUAUCCUCUGUGGAUAGGCCAAGUACCUCCAGUGGUCCUAGUACCGGUCCUAUCACUGCUCUAUAGGACAGUCACACUAUCUGUAGUGUUGGUCUAGAAUACUUUCGAUAAAAAAUACUGACUUCGAAUUCGCUUAGGCAUUGCUGACGACCAGUCCUUGUCGAAUAAUAUUCCCACACUGCUGGAUCCAAAUCUAUGCAAGUACUCCCAUUCAUGAAAGCUGCCAACGUUAGCAUCAGCAAAAUCAUCAUAUAGCUAUAGCAUUGAGGACAAGCAGCAGCACUGAUAAGAGUUCAUCAGUACAUCACAAAGGCCAAGCAUUGAACCAUGCCCAUCCUUUCCUUUGCAAAAGAUUAACCUUUUUUAUUUCCUAAAUAUCUGCUUGCUAACAGUUUACGACAUAUGUGUGUGGCUCAGCCUCAGUAGCUGUUAGCAUAGAUUUGGUUUGUCAAUUUCAAUUUGAACGGUGGAAAGAAGAUUUCAUAUGUUGUCACUGCCAACAUGGCAGCACAUCACAUGUUGGGAUGGAUACAUGUGGGUUGUGGGUUUUUGUGGUGCUAAAUCAUUGAUAAUGUUAUAUCUGACAGCCAAAGUUUAGAUAUUAUUUUAGAUAUACAUUUCUGCAGCUUGUGUUUCAAGAAAAUCACUGAUAUUUCUAUUUGCAAUAGGAAAUAGUGUCAGCAAGAGUCAUUUUUCUAGGCACACCUCAACAAGGAAGUGUUUAAUCAGUUCAAUUCCAAGCUUAUUUGAAGCAGCAACUAGGUGUUCUGUUUUUAAAGUUUUUCUUUUAGGAUAACAUGCAACAGUCAUCUCAAAACUGAAAAACAUGAACAGUCAUACAUCUCUUUGUUCUAACACAAACAUACUGUACAAAUGCACUUACUGUAGGGUGGUCAAACUGAAAGCCAUAGUGUUCUUGGUGGAAGAAAUCGUCCAUACCAUUAGAGUCAGAGAGAACAUUGGUGACCAUAACCUAAUCAAAUUUGUCCAUCCACAAUGAAAUAUGGUGACACUUAAGUUAAAAAAGGACUUACAUAACACCUUCAUAACAUUUCUUUAGAGGAAAGAAUUACAUGGCACUUUGAGAGGGACUUGGAAAUCAACAACACAGUGUUUCAUUUUGUCUGUUCUAUUCACACCGUUCAUUUUGCUGCCUUCAACAACUUUGAGCUUCAAGGUUAACGAACAUCAAUGUCAAUGAAGGAUAAUGAAUGCCAAUGAUGUUCUUAUGAAGGGUAAUGAUUGCAUGGACAUCUCCACUAAAGUGCUGAUCCAUCCUACUGAGCAGUGGGUGGAAUUUACUCUUAACCACUGAUGCAGGGUCAGAUUUAAUUUUAUCCCUAAUGGCUAAGGUUAGGAUUGGGAGCUAUGUAAUCUGAUCCUAGAUCUGUGGUGAAGGGUGACUUCUGCCUCAAGCUCGUUUUGAAUACCCAAUACUUCUCCUUCCUCGGUCCCUCUGUCUUGCUGAGCUUGGUGUAGCAGCAGAGGCUUGUCGCCCCUGGCAACUACUGUCUGCACUGCCAGCGCCAUGGUUACCUCAUGACUCUUGCUCUGCAACAGCACCCCCCUGUUGGUUCUUAUCAAUAUUUACAUUAAUUUCUGACUUCUCUCUCUCUACACACCCCCAAUGCCUUGUAGUUUGGCCCCUGGUCAGGCAUCUUUUUUGUAAAUGUGUAUAUAUAAGUAUCUACAUAUAAAUGUCUGUCGCUCUCUCGUCCUCUUGUGUAGACUCCUAGAUCUUUGUGCUCAUGGCAGUCAGUCAGUGAAGGGCCCAGAUAAUAGAGUGGGUGUCAACACACUGCUGCUCUUCUUAUGCUUUGUAGUUGCCAAGGUCUGCUUUCUCACAAACUGGAAAGUGCUGUAGAGGAAACAACAAAUAAAAAUGUGACGUGCUUCAA